AUUAGGAGAUCCAAGAGUUCCUGCAGUCAGAGAACAGAUCACAGAAGAAACUCUCUGAGAUCCAGUGCUCAGCUCUGGCUCACAUGCUGCAGAUGUCAGAGGAGGUUCUGGAUGAGUUGGACCUGGAGAAGUACAACACGUCAGAGGAGGGACGACGGAGACUGAUUCCAGCUGUGAGGAACUGCAGAAAGGCUGUACUUUAUGGAUGUUACAUCUCAGAGACUGAAUGUGAAGUCGUGGCCUCAGCUCUGAAGUCCAACCCCUCCCACCUGAGAGAGCUGAGUAUAACACCACUGAAGGAUUCAGUGAAGCCGCUGUGUGCUGGACUGCAGAGUCCAAACUGUAGACUGGAGACGCUGAGGUCAGUUCACUGACUGUAGCUCGUGUAGUAAAUAUAAUUGGCACAAUUUGCAGACAGGUGAAGACGUUGUAAUUAUUAUUAUUGUCUUCUUUAUUUUUCAAAUGUCUGAAUAUUGUGGAGAAUGACGUAAAGUAGAGAAAGUAAAUGUUUGACGGGACAGUUGUUGAGCUUCCACAGACUCACA